AUGAAUUUUGAAAUUGACGUUGAAUCUAAAACAAUCAAAACUGAAUUGGUUGAUAAAUAUUCAAAAUAUGUUAAAACAAUAGGAAAUCGAAUUGUUGAAGUUGAAUUUUCUUGGUUUCAAGUAAAUCCACGUCAAAGCUAUCGAUUAAGAAUAAAUGAACAACAAUUCAAUGAAGCACAGAAAUAUGUGCGUUCAAAAAAAUUAAUCAAUAUUAAAUUUGAACAAUUUACGGAUUUCAUAACACCUAUUUUUGCAAAUGAAGUUUCAGAAGUCAGUAGUUUCGUUUUACGUGCAACUUUUGAUAAUUUAUUCGAUCAAAAUUCAAAUGGAAAAAUUGAACAAGAAGAAUUUGAGGCAAUUUUCUUAUUACUUCAAGGUUCUAAUACAGAUAAACAGCAUUUAUUACAGGAAAAUUUUCGUCAAAUUCUGGGUCAUCGUACUAAAUAUAUUACAUUCAAAGAAUUUCAUGAUUUUGUUAAAUGUGGCUAUCUACGUCAACUGUUUAUGUGUUAA